AUGGCUGAUCUACCAAAGGAGCGUACAAGACCUAAUUAUCCAUUUAACAUCACGGGAAUUGAUUUUUGUGGCCCAUUUUCUAUUAAGUUCAAAAACCAGAGAAAAGGGGUCACAAAUAAGGUUUAUGUUGCUGUUUAUAUUUGCUUGUGUACCAAGGCAAUACACUUAGAUUUUGUAACUGAUUUAACUUCUCAAUCGUUCAUUGCCAGUCUAAAACGUUUUUUUGGGAGACGGGGCAAGUGUUCAAAAAUUAUGACCGAUAAUGCAAAAACAUUUAUCGGUGCUAACAUUGAGAUUAAGAAGUUAAGGAAAUUGAUAAAUUGCCCAGAUGAGACGUUAGCCAGUUAUUUUACUAACGAAGGGAUUGAUUGGAAAUUUAUCCCACCAAGGUCACCAAACUUCGGGGGAAUUUGGGAGGCUGGUGUGAAGUCGUUUAAGUUCCACCUAAAAAGAGUAAUUGGCAAUCAAAAUUUAACUUUAGAAGAAUUCUUGACAAUUUUGACUGAAAUCGAAGGUGUUUUGAACUCCAGACCUCUCACUCCACUAUCACCGGAGUUUGAUGAAUUUGAAACUCUAUCACCUGGUCAUUUCUUGAUAGGUAGGCCCAUCACCUCACUCGCUGAACCCCAACUAAUAGAUAUAACUGAGAAUAGGCUUUCUAACUGGCAAAAGAUUAAUAAGUAUAGUCAGAGAAUAUGGAAGUUGUGGAAAAGGGAUUACCUUAAUAAUUUACAGGAACGUAAUAAAUGGAAAUUUGAAAAGAAUAAUGUAGAAAUAGGAACCCUGUGUUUGAUAAAGGAAGAGAAUUUACCAUCUACGCAAUGGUUAGUAGGACGAAUUGUUGAGGUGAUGCCUGGCCGUGACACAAAAAUAAGAGUAGUGAAGUUAAGUUUACCUAACGGCAAACAACUUCAAAGAAAUAUUCGUGACAUUUGUAUUCUUCCCAUAGAGUAA